AGCUGUGUUCUGUGAGGAAGUGAGAAAAUCGUGUUAAUUUCUUUUUAUUUCUUAUUUAAGUGAUAAUUCAAUAAAAAACAAGUGCACGGCUUAAUAGAUAAAUAUAUGUGCUUGCACGUACGUUUGAUAUACCUAAAGGGUAAAAGUGAAGUGCGUAUAGAUUUAACAACAAAUUUUCGCAGUGAAAAUUUUUGAGUGCACAAAAUUUACACGCACACAUAUAAAAAGCGUACACGCAGAUCCACUUACACCCGCGCGGAGGAGUGGCAAAAGCAGUGAUAUACAGCGCAGACACGACACAACACACGCGCGACCCAUGCACGACGCACCGGAGUAUAAACACAGCAGCAGCAGUAGCAGUCGUGAGCAGCACCACCAGCUAGGAAGAGCGCCAGUACCCAACGCAGCAGGCAUUGGAGGAUCAAGAAUAACGCCAACCACGUCGACGCAUAUACCAUCCUCAGUUAGCAAAACAAACACUUCUUCAAUGGAGUCGAUUGGACAUAGAAUACAUAGACUGGAGAAACGCCUCGAGGAGGAGAAUAAUUCACACAAUCAUUUGAUGUUUGUUACAGACACUCCUAGUGGUUCUACAACGCGCGUUGGCGACAGAGAUGUCCACAUGUCGCUACCAAUCGGCAAGACAAAACGCCCUAACUUGGGUUUGGUUAUGCCGAACACAAAUCGCAAUGGCCCACAAACAGAAAUGCACAAGAAACUUAAAAGAAUACGACAACAAUCCGGUAUAUUAACUAUAAAUGGGCAAAAAUAUACAAGUAUAAUGUCGGAUUUGGAGCACUUGAGCGAUUUGGGUAAUGGCACUAGUGGGAAUGUGGUGAAAAUGCGACACAAACCUACGGGCACGAUUUUAGCCGUAAAACAAAUGCGCAGCACUGGCAAUGAUGAAGAGAAUAAUCGUAUACUCAUGGAUCUCGAUGUUAUACUAAAUUCACAUGACUGCCCAUAUAUAGUGCAUUGUUUAGGUUAUUUUGUAAAUAUACCGGAUGUGUGGAUAUGCAUGGAACUGAUGUCGAUGUGUUUUGAUAAGCUGUUAAGACGUUCCAAACAACCGGUGCCGGAGAAUAUACUAGGGAAGGUUACUGUAGCGACGGUGCACGCUCUUUCAUAUCUAAAAAAAAACCACAAUGUCAUACAUCGAGACGUGAAACCUUCAAAUAUCCUCAUCGACGAACAGGGUAAUAUCAAAUUGUGCGAUUUCGGCAUUAGCGGGCGACUUGUGGAUUCAAAAGCGAAUACACGUUCUGCCGGGUGCGCCGCUUACAUGGCGCCCGAACGCAUCGAUCCGAAAAAGCCGAAAUAUGAUAUACGCGCCGAUGUUUGGUCAUUGGGCAUAACGCUAGUGGAACUCGCGACCGGCCGUUCGCCUUACGAAGGCUGCAAUAUAGACUUUGAGGUGCUGACUAAAAUUUUGGAUCACGAACCACCCAGUUUGCCAUACGGUGAUGGUUUCGAUUUCAGUCAAGAGUUUCGCGACUUUGUCGAUAAAUGUUUGACGAAGAAUGUACAUCAGCGCCCCAGAUACCAGGAACUCUUGCAGCAACCAUUUUUUCGUUACUACGAUGCGGCUGAUGUAAAUGUGGUUCAAUGGUUUAAGACUGUUGUCGAAUCUGCCGACAUAGAGAUGCAUAGAACUCACAUGCCAAUUACUACAACAACCACAGCUACACUCAGAGGAGAUGUAACAGCAGUAUCAAAUAGUAAACAUAACAAAAUUGCAAAUGCAACUAUGUUGCCAACAGCAACAACAACAAUAGCAACAACGACAAUAAAUCCAAAAAUGCCAGCGGCAAGCACCACAAACAUCACACACAUACCCAGCUAUCAGAAUUCCUAUCACAGCGCCACCACAGCCACAGCCACACACAAUACACAGCCACAAACGCUUGCGUCACGCUACAAAAAAGACGAUUACCUGCCACAUUAUCAGCCACAAUAUGCACACGCGCAAACGCAGUUGUCACAUCAUCAUCAACCAUCACAACUACCUCAGCCGAUUGCAAGCUAUUACAACAACACCAUCGCCAACAAUCAUUUACAGGGCGAGCGUGGUGGAGGCGGUGGCGUCUGCGGCAAUACUGGCGGCGGCAUUGCUCUAAGCAGUGGUGUCGGCGGUGGCGGUGGCAAUGGUUACGGCAGCGGUGGUUCUGGCAGCAAUAGCGCCAACAGCAGCAGUCCACAAUCGCCGCCGAGCAGCAGCUACAAGGAUGCAACGCACAAGGACGAUACCACACACAUUGUCAGCGAGAUGAGCAAAUUGUACCGCAAAUCACCGUUUCUGCAACGCAAAUAUAGCAAUGGUUCAGGUCUGAAAUUUACCAGUGCGGUUGGCGUCGCCGAGAGUCCCAAAAAGGAAUCCAUGUUUAGCAGUAUAGGUCAAUCGAUUAUACGCAACCUCACCACGUCACCGUUUAGUCAAAAGAAGCAUCAUACACCACAACCGCAUCAAGUGGAUCCACUUUGGCGCAUGCCGAAUGUGCAGGAGAUGGGCGGCAACGCAUUCGAUGUGUAUGACAGUCCGGCUUUGCCGAAGACGGUGGCGCUUGGUUCGCCAGCAAUGACGCGGAAGCGUUUUCAAGGUGGCGCCGCUUCGCCAACACUGCCCAUAGGUAUGGCGUUGGAACCGACGCAGAAGGAGCAACAGCCAUCGCUGAUACCAGUUAAUCGCGGAGAGAUGAAUACGCAACAGCGCGUACCCGGUAAUCACAGUCCCAUAGUGCUGCAACGCUUCUACCAUCAGCAAAACCAACUGCGCGAGAAAGAGUUAGAAAAGCGUAAGGAGCAGCAAAAGCAAUCCACAAAUCCUUUUCUCGCCGGUAAUUAUCUCUCAUCAACUGCCGCCGCGCCCGCGUCCAACACGCCAAUGCAUUACAGCAACAGCAGCAGCAGCAGCGCUGGCAAUCAGCACCACUACCAACUGCCACAACAGCAGCAACAACGCUAUCCGCAACAGCAGUCACACCAUCAGCACAUGCCGCUAACCAGCGCUGCCUCCUCCUCACAUUCAACUUCUAGUCAAUCAUCCACACAGUCCUCAUCCUCACAAAUAGCACUGAGCGAUUUACAUGAACACCAACAACGCUCGCCGCCUACUUGCGCACCACCGCCACCGCCGCAAACGUCGGCAGUCACAAUCAGCACCGCCUUUGGCACGAGUCCCAGUCAGCUGCAAUAUCAGCCGUUGCCGCAGCACUAUUUACCGUUGAAUGAGAGCACAGUACGUAGCUCGCGUUCGCCGCCUACCUCACCGGAGCAGCUGUCAUCCGAUGGUGGCGUGAGCGGCAGUGGGAGUGGCGGCGGUGGUGGCAGCGGCAUGGUCAGCAAGUUGAGCAAAUUGUAUGCGCGUCGGCAGUGGCAAACGACAACGGCGUCGACGAUACCCACGCAUACAGGUGUGGAGGGCGUGAGUGGUAGUGGAGGAGGCGGUGUUGGCUUAGCGGGCAAGGAGUACAGAGACGAACACGGCUGGUUUAACACACUUGCCGGCGCCAUGAAGCGUCAAUUUGCCUCUUAUGUUAAAUUACAAUUGCAUUCUGCAGGCUCGCCUUCCACCAGUGGCGCAGCCAAUCAGCAUGAGGGCAUUGGCUAUGAGAGCGCGCUGCCACCAAGCGCACAGCCUGCCAAACCAACACUCACCUAUUAUCGUACGCUCUCCGCGGGCAGCAGUAGCAAUACGAGCAACAGCACCUCGCCAACGGAGGCGCAGCCGAAACCGGCGCAAACAGCAGGCAGUGACUUCUACGAUGGCACCAGCGGUUUUUUGCGGCGCUAUGCCGCAGCCGGCGCGAGCGGCAUGACUAGUGGGUCCUCGAAUGCGCACUUGUUAACCGGCUUGGAUCGGCGCCACCGCAGUCCAGAUCCACCGCCGCGCUAUAAUCGCGGCCAAUCGCCAUUGUUGCUGCGCAAGCAGUUGCUGGAGCUGAGCGGUCAGCCGCCAGGCGGUUCACCACUGCUCAACAGACGCUAUGUAAACGCUUCACCGCCUUUGCCACCACCGCGUCGCGGCUCGGAGAGCGUGCCCGGCUCGCCGCAACAUUUUCGCACGCGCAUUCAUUAUACACCCGAACCACAGCGGCGCAUAUAUCGCACUAUCGACCAAUGAGUAGCGCUGCAAAUAAUGCUCAUGUGAUAUUGGUAUGGUUUUGAGGAGAAUACAAGCGAUACGGACGGUAGCGGCGUUGGCGUUGGCAGCAACAGCGCUGGCGGUAGCGGCGUGUGCGCAACCACGCAGGACGACACGGCUUUGCUGGCGGCGCCCACCACAACGCGUCGCUUGCCCACGCGCCUUGCUGUCGGCAGCAGUGGCGACGCGCUGCACACGCAGUUGGCGGGUGGCGCGCCACCGAUCACGACUAGCCCGACAGUGGAUCGCAUGACUGCAUCGGAUGUGGCCGAUGUGCUGGCGCGCGAACGCGACUUUUGGCGCUUGCGGCGCGAUGAGUAGCGGCGCGUGCUAUGUGUUUAUGUUUGUGAUGUUUGGAACGUUGAAUCGCGAAUUAAUUUCAAAAGAAUUUCCGUUGUGCUCGUGUCAGUUGCAAUUUUGUGAUUUUGUUGUUAAGCUUAAAGUGAAAAUAGCUAUAUUUCGUACACUACAUAUAGUAGACAAUGUAUAAAUGUGUAUGCGUAACAAGUGUGUGUUCACAGUAAAACAAGUAAUUAUUGAAGUCUGGCAACGCCAAAAGUACGUUAGAAGGAGAAAUACAAAACAGGUGCAUUUUAGUGGCAAUAAGACGGUUAUAAAUUUUGCCAGUUAAUAUUAAAAAAAGUUGCAUGUGAAAAUAUUGAAAAGUCAUAAAUGAAGACGACUGUUUUUUAGUUGCUUGUCGACUAUUAAAAGUUGGUAUAAAGCCAUUUUGUGACGUAAUUGCAUGACAAUUACAUAAAAGUUGCUGUCAGUGUUAGAAAGGACCAGUUGAAAGACUGUAACAACAACAGUGGAAAGUGUUUUGAUAUGUUUUAGUUAAAAAAAUUACUUUAGAAAGCAAUACCACUGAAACUUAAGCAGGUUUUUUGCAUAUUUUUCAAAAUUUCGAUUUGGUUUGUGAUCAAAACUGCGCUUUUUACAUAUUAAAGCUUGCUAUAUGUAACUGGUAUAAUGAAAAUUAUGAGUACUAAAAUUCAAACCUUAACAAAUCUGUUUAAAAAAAGUUUUUAGACACCUAACACGAACUGGUAUAAAACUGGUAUAACGCGUUUUUGGCGUUUACUAAAAUAUUUGCAUACAUUACCGCGGUUUCGACAUAAUUACGUGUUGAACACGUUUAAAACACUAAAAAUAAAACUGGUAUAAUUUGAAUUUUCAUGCAACUUGUAUUAAUAAUGUGGCAAGUUGCCAAGAAAUUGCUUAGAACAUGUUCUCAGCACUUUAAUUGAACUGUUAUACAACUGGUAUAAUUUUUUAAACAACUGUUUUGCUUGUUAAUAAUGUUGCAAGUUGCCAAGAAAUUGCUUAGGACACGUUCUCAGCACUUUUAUUGAAUUGUUAUACAGCUGGUAUAAUUUUUUAAACAACUGUUUUGCUUGUUACGCUGGUUCUUGCAACUUUUUCCAACCUUUUGUCAUAUUUUUCUUAAAUAAUUUCCUAAACUACGCAGUGGAAUUGCAAAACAACACCACAAUAACUUACGAAACUUGUGCAGCACACAAAGUACGCAUGCGCACUCUUAUAUACCAUAUAUACAUUGAGUAUAUGUUUAUGUAUUGGAACGGUUUCGCUUGUUGAUAAGCUAAUGCAUAUUUAGCAUUAAAAGCAUAUUUAUAAAGACUAAAAUGUAAUAUAAGUACAUAUUAAAUUAUAAUUACAUGAAAUAAGACGAAAUUAAUUCAAAAUAAAGUGACAAAAGGCAACGCGUACACACGCUGGUCCAACUAAAAUAAUAAUAAUAACAAUGCUUGACAAUUUGUAUAAUAGUUUUAAGCGCAAACAUAGCGUUCCUUACCCAUAGCAAAUUUAUUACCAUUGUAAGAAGUACUGUAUAUGAAAUAGCUGCUUUAAAAGAAUUUUAUAACUAGUGCGAAACUGUUAUACAAAAUAAGAAAAGAAUCAAUACUUUCAAAAAUGUAUGUUUGUAAAUUUGCUGUGCAAAAAUUGGUAAUAAACAUACAUAGCUACAUAUGUAAAUCAAACGACUGCAGUAAAGUUAAAAAAAAAACUAGUCUAAAAUGAUUCAGCAAAGUUGGGGAAAACGCCAUUUUUAACGUUUUGAAGAAGGAAUUGUGUAGAAUUUCGCAAAAAGAGCAAUUAACGGAGUAGUAGAGAGAGUAAAACUUCUUCCUGGAGAGUAAAAACUCAUUUAAGAGAGUAAAAACUCUUCUAAGAGAGUAAAAACCCCUUCAAGAGCGUAAAACUUCGUUCACCAGAGUAAGAACUCUUUCAAGAGCGUAGAACUUCGUUCAGCAGAGUAAAAAUUCUUGCACAAGAUUUCUUCAUGUUUGUUUUAUUAUUUCACGAAAUUUUGAAAAAUUUGUAAAUAAAAUAUAUCUGAGUAAAAAUAACGCAGAAAAAAUUUAGUUCCUUAAAAAGUCACAGACAGAAUUGUAAAGACGAAAAAAAUUUGUAUAAGUAAAUAAAACGAAAGAUUAAAUUCUAGAAAUGGUAUAAAUUUGUCAUUUAAUAUUUUUUCGAAAAAAAAAGGAAAUUCCCCCAAACAACAAACACAACUCGGCUUUUUUCGUGCACAUAACAGAAGUAAAAACCGUUAUAUUUUUGACUGACUCAAACAAUUUUGUUGUAAUGUAUUUUGUAGGUCUAGUCUUUAAACUAGUUUGUAAGCUAAAUGACAAGUAAUAAACGUGUAAACUAAUUGUUAAGCGAUAACUGUAUAAAUUUAAAUGAUACUUAUAUAUGCGCAUGUGCAACGAAGUGGAGAAGCUAACAAAGUUAUAAAAUAUUUUACGAUAUAACAAAUUGUAAAGAGAGUAGUAGAGAUUUUCAAUGAUGCCAAUCGACUGUAAAUUCUGAAAAUGACAAUCCAGAAGUUAGCGAGAAAUAUACCUAGAAUUACACGAACAACUUUAAGGUUUUUGUUUUUGUAGAGCUACGCACAGUUGCUUACCAACGUUUAAUAUCUUCGAAAUAUUUGAUAACAUUUUUAAUAUUUUUUUACCGUGUUCAACUUUUUUCACUUUUUAGUUUUAAUUUUCCUUAUUUACCACCAAACGAAAGAAAAUUGCUCACUACACCUAAAUUAUUACGAAAUUCAAGCGAAAUGGUAAAAAUGUAGAAAGUAAUGUAAAAAAUAAAAUAUUUUACUAAA